AUGGCUGAGAAGCGAAAGCUCCCUGCUCGCGCUGGGCGUGAGCCCGCUAACAAAAAGCGUGUCUCCGAAGCGGCCGCCUCUCAGUCGCAUUCAAAGAAGAAAGCCGCAACACCUCGAGCCCCAUCUCCGCCUCCUGAGCCUGUCGAACCUCUGUUGCCAUCGAAAUUAAAAGAGGGCGAACCGAUACCGACCAGGCGAGCUAGGCAACCAACCAACUUGUCGGACAAGGAGUACCAGUCCAUCGCGGAAAGCGCUGUACUUCUCACAUCCCUCGAACGAUCGAAGAAGAAAUGGCUUAGCGACGGAAUUCUGGUCCGAUACUACACGAAGCCGAAGAAGACUAAACGCGAACAGAUUGAGAAACUCAAUCCACCAAAGGAAUCUAUGUCGAAGGUUGGUCUUUGUGAUGUGACAAUUGGUCCGCAUCGCUUUGACGCGAUGCUAUAUACCGUGAAGGAUCCUGCGGCGCCGCUACCUAUUCAAUACACCCCUCCGCAAGGGCAAGGACGAAUGGUUCACUAUGGCCCCCCGAACAACUUCCAACAAUAUCAACCACAUCCUUCAAACCAGCAGCGAAGACCCUAUCCUACUGGACCUCCCGGUCGUCCACAAGCCAAUUAUUCGCCUGCGCCCCGGGGGCCACAUCAACCAGGUCACGCCCCAUCACCACAAGCUGGACAACGCCCACCGACGCAAAACCCACCAGGGCAGCCUGCAAAGCCUAGCCCGGAUCCCGUGAUCCAGAUGCUUGCUACCCGAGCUGCUGCUGACCCCGAACUCAAGGCUUUGAUGAGAGUUGUUGCGUCUAGUCAGGCAUCCCAAGAGCAACUUCGCGCUUUCCAGGCCCAUAUUGAUGAGCUGAACGCAAUAAUUAAAGCAAGAGAGCCGCAGGAAAAGCGCCAGCAAAACGCAGUUGGAGCACCGCCACAACAGCCAGUAACUCCAGCACCCCAAAAGAAAGCGAUUUCACCUCCAAAUGCUUCUCAAACGAAACCAGAUCCAGGCGCAAAGGCGCCUCCACAUCAAACCUCCAAGCCACAGCCAGUGGUCCCCGCUCAGACCCCAGCCAAAGACAGUUCGGAGAACCCCCCAGCGUCUGGAACGCCGGCAACAGUCUUGGUCAAGCCUCAACCUGGGGUGACACCACAAACUGCAAGUCAACCUCAGACACCUGUACCAGCCCAAACAGUCCAACCAACCAGUACCCCUCAGACCUCUGGUCCCGCUAUCAAACAAGAACCAGCUAUAAAAGGAGCCACCCCGCUUCAAUCGGCGCCCCCACAACCAGCAGUCCUUCCAGUCGGAGCAUCUGGCCCUGCUACCCCAGCUCCUACCACGGGUGCUCUGCAGAGUCCUGCGGUGCGUCCUACACCUUCGAAUGCUGCUCAACAGCCUACACCCCGGCCAGGCCCACCUUAUCCCCCCUACCCACAACCGGCUUACGGCUCUCAACCGCCACUCCAGUCGCGCCCGCCUCAAUAUGCCUCACCAGCACCCUACUAUCGGCCACCAGGACCUGCACCACCUCCUGCGCGUCCAUCAUACAUAGCUGUUGUUUUCGAGUUUACUUCCCCAUUGACCCCAUACGGAAACGUUGCAUCUGGCCAUGCUGGCUCUGGUGAUCGGUAUUUGUUCCCGGAGUACUCAAUUCUGGAAUGGCUUCCUAGUGAGGAUACCAUCCUCGCCUCGUUUCUCAUCACUCGGAAAGUUGAUCCCAACGCCCCUUUUCCCAUUGAGGCUGCACCAGACCCCUCUACAAAGACUGCAAAGGGCAAGGGUUCCUCAAAAUCAAAGAAAGGGGACAAAAAGGGCAAAGCCGACAAAGGCAAAGAAGGCGCCGAAACACCUGCUUCCACAGAUGCUACACCAAAGAUUGAACCAUCUGAAAAGCCUUCUGCACAGCCUGGAACCCCUAGUGCUUCGAGCGAGCCUGCCAAGGAAAAAGAAGUGGUUCUCAAAGAGUACUGGCAGCCGGUAACAUUCCGCAUCCAUGCUACCGAUAACCGGAUCCUUGAUCCACUGACUCGCGUUGUCAAGCCAGCGGAGGAAGUGCGCAAGUAUAUGAACGAAAUCAUGGAUCGUGCCGAGCGUGCGCCCGAUGGACACUUGGCAAUUCGUCUUCCACAUGAAGAUGCCCGUGAAGCCUUCGAAGCAGAGAGUACGCCGGCCUUGAGUAAUGCUGCCUCUGCUUCCCGUAGUCGGCCCUCUCGUGGUAGCACCGUCAAGAUUGCGGAAGAGGAGUCAGAGAUUGAGAACGUUCUUGACGUGGAAGAAGAAGAGGAAGAACUUAUGGACUUUUACGGUGCACCACUGGGUCUGCCACCAUUACGAGCUUGA